AUGUUUCCAUGGACAUUUGAUGGCCUCAGUUUUGAUGAGAUUCAGCCAGGUCCUGCUGAGCUUCCGUUAGGCGCCAGCCCAGGUGAAGUUGAGCCGCUUAUCAUAAGCCCACACUUGCAAUGGGAAGGAGAUAGACUGCUCCUACCAACGCUGUUUCCACUAGGUCUUCAAGUCCCGGGUGCGCUGCGUGUGCUGCAUAAAGCUGUGGAAGAUCUCACUCAAGCUUUUGAACACUAUGAGGACUGGUUCUUGCCUGGAGUCGAAGCAAUUGCACGUGUCUUCAAUAAGCACACUCGUGAGCGCUUCGUGGUUGAGGUUCUGCGUGAAUCUGAGGCCAGUGGCAUGGAAAUGCCAGUGAGGGAGCUUGAGCUCAACCUUCACAAGCACCGGUGGGGGUCACUGAUUAACACAUGCAAAGAGCUGCUGUUUGUACGCAUGGUGUUUGCAUAUUGGGAUCCGCAAGAAGCAGCCCCUGAUGUCAAUGCAGAUCAAGAAGUGAGGGAGACGUAUGCUGCUUUAUGCAAGAUGACAGAAUGUGUGCGAGACGAGUCUUGUUGGGAAUAUCUCUGUAUGCUUAUCCGUUUGUCUCGGGUAAUAGACCGCUUGGAACAUUUCUUCGAAUCCUGUCCAUGUCAUUAUCGCAAAGUGCCUGAAUCCUCCUUGGCUGGAAAUGUCAUUUUCCAAACGCGCUCGAGCUGCUGCAUGGCGGGACGCCGGGCCCCUGAAUUGGCUGCAGGGAUUCUUGACAAGAUUGCUAGUGAUGAUUUUGCUCUUCAACGUGCAGAGUUGGUUUCUGCUUGCCGGACUUUGCAGCCUCAUCAGUCAGAGUUCAUCCUGAAAGAUUUUGCUGCAGGGCAGGCGAGACUGGAGCAAUAUUUGCUGGUUAAAUUGUCUUUUUGGAAAUCGCUGCCUCACAAGCUGUGCGUGUUGGGGCACCAUAACGAGCAGGUGGCCAGGGAUGGUUUGCAGGAAGCGAAGAACAUGUUUGAGCAGCACAGAGACAGCCCAAAUCAUCAUGCGCUGACACUGCAUUUCUUUCAAGGACCUUUGUCAUUGCCAGUGGACUCUUUCUUAGCAGGAAGCACUGGCAGAGAUGAUUGUACGCAAUUGUUGCGUGAGUCUGCUGCCUUGGCUUUUGUUUCAUGUGUGGAGCGGAGCAUUGAAGGUAGACACGCCCUUAUGAAGGCUAAGACAGCUGUGAUGAAAAGGAUUUCACCUGCCACGUUUUCCCUGGCAAUCCGAUCCCACGAAUUUCACCGCCGUUGUCUUGCCGACAAGCAGCUCUUUCGAGUCUGGGAAAGCCAGGUUCUUAGACUGAAGGUGAGGCCUCGUCAAGGUGCUCCGCAUGUGUUAAUGCAUUUGGACUUUAUGCGGCAUCCUGAAAUUUUGCGUCUUCAAAACGGCCCCAACAGGAUUAAACUCAGGGAUGCUGCCAAUGUGAUUUAUCAUUGUGACCUUCUUACGCAGUACGAUCGUCGCUCAGCCGCAGCCAAAGCCCUGUCCCGCCCAGAUUUUAGGGAUGAUCCAGAUGCGGCGGCCAAGCUCCGACAACUUGUUGCAGGGCAGCCCACAGCUUUGGAGAAGCAGCGUGCAAUGCUUCGUGUGCUUAUGUUAGAACACUUCAGCAAGAAUUCGUGUGAAGGGCAGAUGUACUCUGUCACUGGAGCGUUGCCAGAACCACGCCUUUUGGAAGAUGUAUUUAGAAUGCAGCCAGCUGCACGUGCUCCUGAAGCUUUGCCCUUGCAGUUGCAGAUGCCUCAGGGUCAUGCUCAUGUGCCGCCUGACAGGGUGUUCAUGAGCCCGGAUCCACAAGAUCUGUCCUUGGCUGCAGAGCCUGCUGAGCCAGGGGAGGAAAUAGAGGCCUUAGUGCUGCCUGCCGACACCGCUCCAACUUUGUUUCUGCAGGUGGUCAAGACAAACCUCACUGGCUACAAACGAGUGAAGGCAGCAGAUGCAUUCAGCCGGCAACUUGGCCAUUUCGAUGUGGCUGUGUCCAUUCAUGCUGCAAAGCCUGGCGGCUCCAUGAUGGCAGCUUCUGUGGAUUUGUUGCCUGAUAGGACUGACUCGGGCCGUUUGAGCAUCAGAUUGUUUGAUCCUCCCGUGGUGGACACGGUCCGUGAUGCAAUUGAUUCAGUUUCGCAGUGGAGCCAAACAUCUCUGCAGGCCACAUUUGCUCCAAGGUUCUUGCCAGGUUUCCCCUCCUAUGUGCAGGAUUCUGUUGGCGACUUGGUUUCGGAGAUGGCGCGUGUGGGGGCACUUGCCGGAAGCGUUCAGGAGAAUCCUUUGUACUUGUCACAUGAUGAGGAGGGCGUCGGCCCUAAGCUUGAGGCCUUGGAACAUUUGCAAGCAGCGGGGCUGGUUCAGAAUGUUCAUAACCGUAAUGAGCAGAGCGGCUGGCUCUUGCUCCAGGAAGCAAUGCAGUAUUGUAAGUUCCAGGUCAGGCUGAACAGUCCGAAGCCUCUGUGUGCUGCCCCAGAGGGUAUGCCUGCUGUCUCCUGGUCACGCAUGGAGUUGCUUUGUUACCUGCGCAAUCGAGAUUGGGGCUGGGAAUUCUUGUCCAACAAAGAAGAGCAAGGAGCUGUUGUGCCUUUGGACUUGCAGUUCAGACGUGCUGAUGACAGGGUUUUGUACAUUUUUCGAGGCUGCCUGCGUCAGCGCUACUUGUGCUGUUUGGCAAUGGCAGAAGGGGGGCUUCCUUUGCCAGGGGGCGGUGACAAAAUCAAACAUUUUGAGAAAGAUGAAUACUAUGGCAAACUGCUUGGUCUUCGGCGUGCAAAUUUGCCUGCUCUGGCAGAUGGCCCAGCGCCUGCCGUGCAGAAUUUCCAACAUCCUGAUUCGCUUGAAGACCUUUUCAACGCAGUGGGUCUUGAGCCAUGUGAUGCUCAACUGCCGGAUGCCCAACUGCCGCUGGAUGCUCAGGCGGCUGAUGCAGAUCCACAUGAAGAUGAGGACGAUGAUGCUCAGUCGUCCUCCUCUUCCAAUGAACAUUUGCAGCGUUUGGUGGAUGAGAUGCUGUCUCCACACUCUGAUGAUGGAGCUGCUCGUUUGCACAAGAUUGCCAGUGCAUUCAUAUACAUGCAGAACAGCUAA